UGGUCCUCUCAGCCCGAAAUGAGAUUUUAACUUUUAUCUUUUUAUCUUCCUUCGUCUUUUUAUGCUGUUAAAUACAAUCAAAGUGAUCAUUUAUUAAUGAAUAUCAGCAGGACUUCAUCCUGCUGCAGUAAACGUCUUUGGGGCUCAGAUCUUUGCUCGAUCCCUGAUCAAGUUCAGAGGGGGGGGAGUCAGGACAAGUGAUCCAGAGCCAACAGUGGAGAGCACAUUUGUGUCUUUUCUGUGUUGCCGCAGCUCACUGCAGGUGACAGAGGAAGUGAGAGAGCACCUGAAAACUCCCAUUUUUGACAACUGCUUUACUUCUCAGUGAUCUCUGCAAACUUGAACCCCUUUAAAACUGGGAGGGGGUACAAUCUGCAUCCAGUGCAACAGGUGUUCUACGGCUCCAGCUCCGAUCAGGACACGCUACUUUCACACCUUUUCGGGUGCAGCGACGUGUUGCAGUUCCAGACGUCAAAAAGCCUCGAACGAGGUUCAGUCAGUGUCGAGUUAGAGAGACUGAUGGAAAACACACACACACACACACACACACACACACACACACACACACACACACACACACACACACACACACACACACACACUGCUCUCACCUGUGUGUGCUGUUGUUGCCAGGCAGUGGGAGGAGGCGGAGAUGCUGGUGCUCCUCCAGGUGAUGUUCACCGACCUGGACUUCCUGACGGCGUUCCACAUCGAGCUGGACGUCCUGCAGAACUUCCUGUUCGAGGUCUACUGCCACUACAACAGCAUCCCCUUCCACAACUUCAGGCACUGCUUCUGUGUCACUCAGAUGAUGUACGGGCUGAUCUGGCUGACGGAGCUCAGGAGCAAAUUAUCCCGAGUCGACCUGCUGAUCAUGUUGACUUCGGCUCUGUGCCACGACCUCGACCACCCCGGCUACAACAACGUCUACCAGAUCAAUGCGCAGACCGACUUAGCUCUUCGCUACAACGACAUUUCCCCGCUGGAGAACCAUCACUGUGCCGUGGCCUUCGGAAUCCUGUCCAAGCCCGAGUGCAACAUCCUGAAAAACCUGAGCAGUGAGCAGUACAAACACAUCCGAGGAGGAAUGAUCAAAUGUAUUCUGGCCACCGACAUGGCGAGACACAACGAAAUUCUCAACAAGUUCAAAGCCAUGCAGCCGGUGUUCAACUUCACCAACAAGGAGCACAAGGAAGUGCUGAUGAAGAUCAUGGUGAAGGUGAGCGACAUCUCCAACGAGGCGAGGCCGAUGGCCGUGGCCGAGCCCUGGCUGGACUGUCUGCUGCAGGAGUUCUUCAACCAGAGCGACACAGAGAAACUCAAAGGACUUCCGGUGACGCCUUUCAUGGACCGAGACAAAGUGUCCAAACCGUCCUCUCAGACCAGCUUCAUCCGAUUUGUCCUCCUGCCGCUGUUCACCGAGCUCACCAAGCUGUUUCCCUGCCUGGAGCAACACAUCCUGGAGCCGGUGCGACGGGCUCUGCAGUACUACUCCGACAUGGAGAGAGCCAGCAAGGAAGAGGAGGAGGGGGCGGCCAAGGCCUGAGGAAGAGGACGAGGAGGAGGAAGAGGCGCUGACGAACCCUCAGACUGGUCUUCGGGUGUUUUAGGAGCCUGAUAUUCAGCAGCAGUGUGUUAGAAGAAGAUGUUGCAUCUGACUGUAUUGUAUGUGAUCUGAUUUGUAGCUUGACCCACCUGAAACAGCGCCACCUGGUGGCUAAUUCAGAGUGUCUGCACCAGAGCAGGAUGACGUGAAAGUGUGGCGAUGUUCUCCAUGUUUCUCCACGUUCAGACUCACAUCAGUGAGGACACACACACACACACACACACACACUGCAGCCAACCAAUGAGCUUAGAGAGCCACAGACAGGAAGUCAGACAGCGUUGAGAAGGAUCAGAUGUGUGUUUUAAUCACUGACUUUGAUUGACAACAAAUGUAUUGUUGAUUUUGUGUGCACAUCUGAAUAUUUCACAUCUUUUAAAAAUGAAAUGCUUCUUUUUCAUCUCUUGCCGUCUUUGACUGUUUUCUAUUAAAAUCUGUUUUUUUAGAACAAACACAUUAAAAACACCCUGAAACCAAUCUUCCUGACUUCCUGUUCAUACUGUUGACUGUCAAUAAAGAUUGGGAUUG